GAAAUCUCUCAACCAUGAGGUGGUGUCUGCUCGUUGCCAUUUGCACAUGUCUCGCGCGGGCGGCUGUGCCGCCUCCUCCUUCGACGACGUCGACGGAGGAACCACCGACAACGACCUCGACCGUGACGCCGAGCGAUAAGAGCGUAGAAUCUGGAGCCAGCAGCUCGGUCGCACCUCCGACGGUGACCAGCGUUCUGCCCGUGAGCUCGACCGAGGCCCCAGGGAAUGUGACCGCGCCGGGGAACUCUACGGAUCCACAGUGCAAGAGCGAUGAGAAAAUUAUCGAAGACACGACCAACUGUCACGUCCUUUGUUCGAAAGGACCCUUAUUCUACUAUUCGGCGGGUCGGAAACCCAAUGGUACCGAAUGCGUGAUCAACAAAUACGUCGAAGGAACGAAACACAUAGAAUCUACGAAGCCGGGCGAUUGUCUCAAGGGUCAGUGUGUCCCUAGGAACGACACUUCCACGGCAGCAGCGUCGACACCAUCGAUGACCGUGACUACGGCACUCCCGACCGCCCCCCCCAGUUCAUCCGAGACUCAAUCACCCCCAACAACAGAGGCUGCGGUUUCCAGCAUGGCAAGCGUCGAAUCCUCGACGACAACGUCGCCGUGAAGCUGACGGAUUCCCCAAAUGAUAUGUCGAAUGAAGAAUAUUCUAAUCAUCUCUCGUACAUAUUUUCAUUAGUAG